AAAAAAAUCUAAAAAGAUUGAUGUUUUAUAAACAUAUUAGGUAUUAGCAAAGAAGUUUGAAGCUGGUGUCGUUUCACUAGAACAUAGGAAUCUCUGAAUAUUAAGUUGAAUAUGAGUAAUGGUGGUAAUGAAAAUCCGUGGUUCUUCUUCGGGAUUUCUUAUUCUGGAGCUUUAAGUGCGUGGUUUCGGCUUAAGUUCCCGCAUUUGACGUGUGGAAGCCUUGCUAGUUCUGCAGUUGUUCGUGCGGUCUAUGAAUUCACUGAAUUUGAUCAGCAGAUAGGUGAGUCAGCUGGUCAAGAAUGCAAAACUGCAUUACAAGAGACUAAUAAACUCCUGGAAUUAGGGCUUAAAGAAAACAGAAAGGCAGUGAAAUCUCUCUUCAAUGCCACUGAGCUUGAUGUUGAUGCUGAUUUUUUAUACUUAAUGGCAGAUGCAACGGUUAUGGCGUUCCAGUAUGGAAAUCCAGAUAAACUAUGUGUCCCGCUUGUUGAAGCAAAGAAGUAUGGUAGUGAUUUAGUGGAAACAUAUUCUAAAUACGUUAGAGAGUAUUGCAUGAGAUUUUGGGGGCUCCGUGUAAGAACAUAUAACCGAAAACAUCUAAGAAACACAGUAGUUACCGCAGACAGCGCAUAUCGGUUAUGGUGGUAUCAAGUUUGCACAGAACUAGGAUAUUUCCAGGUGGCACCUAAAAAUGAUAGUGUUCGAUCUCAGCAAAUCAAUACAAUGUUCCAUUUGGAUUUAUGCAAGAGCCUGUUUGGAGAAGGUGUUUACCCUAAAGUUGAUGCAACAAACUUGUACUAUGGAGGCGAUAGACUCACGGCAACCAAAAUCAUUUUCACAAAUGGGUCAGAAGAUCCAUGGCGUCAUGCUUCCAAACAGAACUCAUCUCAUGAAAUGCCUUCUUACAUGAUAAAAUGUCGUAACUGUGGCCAUGGAACUGAUAUAAGAGGAUGCCCUCAAUCUCCAAUGGUCAUUGAAGGUAAAUCAAAUAAUUGCAGCUUACCAGAUUAUGUAAACAAAGUAAGGCAACAAAUGGUAGACCACAUUGACUUGGGGUUGUCUGAGUGUCGCAAACCGAUUAGGAGUUCAAUAUAGAGUUGCAUUAUUAGAAAGAACGUUUCAAUUCAGACAAACAACAUUAUGCAUUGUUUAGUCUUUGUUACUGAUUUUUUAAUCCAAAUUUGAGUUAAUAUAGUCAACCUAAAGUAGUCGUUUUCUGUUUGGUAGAAAAUGAUGCAGAUUUUGUAUUUAUUGUAUGUGUGUCGUUGUUAAAGAUAGUUUAUAAGUUAACAAAGACUGCAAUGUAAG